AAAAGGGUAGUGAAGAGGGCUCAGAGCUCGCAAGUCUGCUUCGUAGAACCGUUAUCACUCUCUGCUGCCUUACAAUUCGAAUACAAAAAUGUCGCUGGCGAACCAUUUGUCUUCUUCGAUUUCUUCAUCAUCCACGUCUUUCUUGGGCCAAGACAACCGCCAUUUCAACAUCAGACCUAAGAAUUUGUUGCUUCCAAUCAAGAAAUGCGGCACCUGUAGAUGCGUAGCGACACCUGAGAAAAUUGCUUACAAUACAAAGGUCUCUCGCAAUGCAAACAUGUCCAAGCUUCAAGCUGGCUACUUGUUUCCAGAGAUUGCUAGAAGACGAGAUACGCACAAGUUGAAGUACCCUGAUGCAGAAGUGAUAAGCCUUGGAAUUGGUGACACCACUGAGCCCAUUCCUGAUAUUAUAACUUCUUCAAUGGCAAAGAGGUCACAUGCUCUGUCGACAGUAGAGGGGUAUAGUGGUUAUGGAGCGGAACAAGGUGAAAAAUUAUUAAGGUCUAAAAUUGCUUCAACGUUUUACGGAAGCCUUGGCAUAGAGGAAGAGGAUAUAUUUGUUUCAGAUGGUGCAAAAAGUGAUAUAUCUCGCCUUCAGGUCCUUUUUGGCUCCAGUGUUACAAUGGCAGUGCAAGACCCGUCAUAUCCGGCUUAUGUAGACUCAGGUGUUAUUAUGGGUCAGACUGGAUAUUAUCAGAAGGAUGUUGGGUAUUGCAAUAUUGAAUACAUGAAGUGUACUCCUGAGAAUGAUUUCUUUCCUGAUUUAUCUACGGUCUCUCGAACCGAUGUCAUAUUUUUCUGUUCACCUAACAAUCCCACUGGUUCUGCUGCAACGAAGGAACAACUGACACAACUGGUACAGUUUGCUAAGGAAAAUGGGUCAAUCAUUGUAUAUGAUUCUGCAUAUGCAAUGUAUAUGUCAGAUGACAACCCAAAGUCCAUCUUUGAAAUCCCUGGUGCCAAAGAGGUUGCAAUUGAGAUUUCAUCAUUUUCAAAGUAUGCUGGGUUCACUGGAGUCCGCUUAGGUUGGACAGUGGUCCCAAAAGAGCUUCACUUUUCAGAUGGAUUUCCAGUUGCCAAAGACUUCAAUCGCAUUGUUUGUACUUGCUUCAAUGGUGCAUCUAACAUUGCUCAAGCUGGUGGUCUGGCAUGCCUUUCACCAGAAGGCCUUAAGGCCAUGCAGGAGGUGAUUGGUUUCUAUGAAGAAAACACCAAUAUUAUAGUUGAAACAUUCAACUCACUUGGGUUUAACGUGUAUGGAGGAAAAAAUGCACCAUAUGUGUGGGUUCAUUUUCCUGGCCAAAGCUCAUGGGAUGUUUUCAGUGAGAUUCUUGAGAAGACCCAUGUUGUUACAACACCUGGCAGUGGUUUCGGACCAGGUGGUGAAGGUUUCAUUAGGGUUAGCGCUUUUGGUCAUAGGGCCAAUGUGUUGGAAGCCUGCAGAAGAUUCAAGGAGUUGUACAAUUGAAGGAAUGGUUUCCCUAUCAUUUCAUAUUUUGUGCUAGCCUAGCAGGUUGGCAAAAAUAUUUGACCGCCCAGUGGCUUUGUUGAGGUUUAGCACUCUCAGAUGUGAACGUUCUUUUAUGUUUUCGAGAGCUAGAUCUAUCUAUAUAUGAUUGUUGGUAACUACCUCGGAAGGUUGUAUGGAACAAUUGUUAAAAUUUUCGACACAUUUUUGCAAUUCAUCAAACUCUUAACAAAAUUAGUUA